AUGGUUCAGUUAGGUUCUAUAGGAGGAGCGCUUAUUGCUACAUAUACCGUCGAUAAGUUAGGUAGAAUCAGAGCAUUGCAAUUCGUGUGUUUAAUAUGGGUGGUAGGAGCUAUUAUACAGAUUACUUCUCAUAGUGUUGGUCAGCUUUAUGCUGGUAGAUUGAUCGAAGGAUUGGCCGUGGGACAAACAACAUCAAUAGGGCCAGCUUACUUAAGUGAAUGUGCUCCAAGGAGCAUUAGAGGAUUAUGUGUUUGUAUAUUCAGUGGAGCUGUUUACUUCGGUGUCAUGAUUGCAUACUUUGCUAACUAUGGGACCUCGAUUCACAUGGAAGCUGUCAGGAACCAAUGGGUAGUACCUACGAGUAUGAAAAUCGUUUUUGCCGGUCUUUUGUUCAUACUUUCGUUUGCAUUCUGUGUCGAGAGUCCAAGAUGGCUCUUGAAAACAAAUAAACCAGAACAGGCACUCAAAAACUUAUCUAAACUUAGGCAUUUACCAGAAAAUCAUCCGUAUAUUGCUAGUGAGAUAUCAGAUAUCAAUGAGCAAGUGUUGCAAGAAAAGGAAGCAGUCGAAGGCUCUAAUUUUGUCUCAAAGUUGAAGGAAUUAACUCUUUUUAAAUCAAACAGAUACAGAUUUUUUGCCGUUUGUGCUUUGGCACAGAUACUUGGUCAAUGGUCAGGGGCCAAUGCGAUCACUAUAUAUGCUCCAGAAUUUUUUGAACUUUCUGGUAUUGAAGAUAAGCAGCAGUUAAAGAUGACUGCCGUCUUAGGAGUAGUCAAGUUUAUCUCAGCAUACUUGCUGGCCUUUUUGAUCAUCGAUGCAUUGGGUCGUAAAGCUGCCUUACAAUGCGGUCUUAUCAUUCAGCUUGUUACUACUUUAUUCUUUGCAAUCUUCUUAACUAUUGUACCGCAGGCGGCAGAGGAGGGAGCAGUUUUGACUCAUUCUCAAUUACAAGCAAGUAAGGCAGCUUUAGCUUCCUUGUUUUUAUCGGGUGUUGGUUGGACAAUGGGAUUCAACAAUAUUCAAUACUUGGUUGGUUCAGAAAUGUUUCCGUUGAAUAUUCGUUCUUUUGCCCAGUCAUUGGUUAUGGUAUUACAUUUUGCUUGCCAGUACGGUAAUUCAAGAGCCGUACCUAAAAUGCUUCUUGCAAUGAAUUCCUAUGGAGCAUUUUAUUUCUUUUCUGCUGUAAUCGUAAUCAGUCUCUUUUGGGGUUGGUUUUUCAUUCCAGAAGUUUCUGGGCGUUCUUUGGAAUCGAUGGAGGAUAUAUUCAAUCUUCCAUGGUACCUUAUUGGCAGAAGGGGUCCUGAAUUAUGUCCCGAUUAUUCUGAACUUAGCAGAAUUGGCCACGCUAGCAAGGAGAGCUUUGGCCAAGGUAUUAUAGAUAGAAAGGUCGAAGUGGAGCAGAUCAGUAAUGUUCUGGCUCGCUCUUCCUUAGAUAGGCUCAAUGAUGAUGAUAACGAUAAAGAAAAGGAAAAGGAGAAGAGAGAAGAUUGA